CCCGUAUUUAUUGGGGAAGUUCAAUCGAGUCGGCUUAAUUCAAAAAAUAAAGAUUUUUUAGUUGAACAAUUUUAUUGUUUGACUUGGAUAAAGUACUAAGAAGUUUAAUUUUAUAAUCUUUGGAGGAUAGUUGUGUAUUUCUUUGAUUUAGUUCAGAAAUGAAGCAGCUUGUUUUCUUGAUUUUCUAUUCUUAUCUUGACAAAAAGUUCUCUCUCAAAGCUUUAAAGAGCCCUUGAACCGCGAUCCCACAGUUCUGACACAUAGUUCAAUCUUCAGUUCACCAUGUUUUUCUAGGACAAGUCUUGUUACGUAAUAAUAUAUACUCCUCUCGGUUCAAGUAUUGAAAUUAUAUAUGAUUGCAAUAAAUUUAUAAAUUUAAGUAAUAACGAAAAAUUUUAAGUUCUUUAUAUAGAACUUCAUAAUAUGUCAACGUUGCUCUAUAAAUGCAAGAAAUGAAGGGCCAAAAAUUAAGAGAAUAUAGAUAAUUGCUAUAGAGAUGAGAUAUUAAUUAGUUUAUUUAUCUAAUUAAAUAACGGUUCAUUCUUAUUGCCAAUGUCGGGGUUGCCCUUCUAUCCAAAGAAAACAAAGAUAAACAAGAAUAAGUUGGGAAGCCCGCGGUGUAUACUAUGCAAAAUACAUAGGAUUUCUCCAUUAACAAUGCCUUAUUAAUCACAACAACGUCCAUUGACGUGCAUAUUUAGAAGCUCCAUUACAAUUUCAAAUACACAAAAUCAUGGCCAGAAGAGAAGGAGCAGUGGUGAAAAAAGGUGAAGGAGGUCUCAAAUUGGCAGUCUCACUAUAUGAGGAGUUUGGGCUUCCACUUGGGCUUUUGCCUCUUGAUGAUGUAAUUGAAGUUGGGUUCGUUCGGAGCUCCGGAUACAUGUGGAUCCUCCAAGAAAAGAAAGCGGUGCACAAGUUCAAGAUGAUAGGAAAACUUGUGAGCUAUGACACUCAAGUAACUUGUUACAUUGAACCCAACAGAAUCAAGAAGCUCAAAGGAGUGAAAGCUAAAGAGCUCAUAUUUUGGACAGCAUGUGGUGAGAUCUUUGUGGAUGAUCCUCCUACCGGAAAAGUCCAUUUCAAGGCCAUCGGUGGUCUCACCGUCACGUUUCCCUCAGAGGCUUUUGGCCUUGGUCAAUAAUUGUUGGCUUUUCCUAUUGUCUUGUCAUGCUUUGUUAUUUUAUUAAUCAUACCUUUCAAGUUUCAUCGACCGUGUCAUUUACUGUUUAUUGAAUUUUAUAAAUGG